GACAGUAAAAAUGGCUAGCGGAAGCGGUGAUAACGGCGAAAAAGUUGAAAAAGUCGAUAAGGGUGAAAACGAUGAUGAUUCUUUGGAUAAAAGCUUUGAUUUUUUCGAAAAUCAACCCCCGGUUGUGAUUAAAAAAUAUUUUGUUACAAAGCGCGAAGACGGUGAUGGAGAUUCUCAACCGGGAUCGCCUCGCGACGACGAAAAGGACGAAGAAACCAAGAAAAAAGAGGAAGAAGAAGCUAAAAAGAAAGCAGAAGAAGACGAUGAAGCCGCAAACGCGGUCUUAGAACCCGAACAUCCGCUUUUACAAAAGUUUCAACUCGCCUUAAAAGAGCACCUUUUAAGGCAAAUCGAACAUUUAAAAAACGAAGCUUUCGAAUACGAAGCCGGGGCUAAACUAAAAAUCGGGGAGAAAGAAUCUUUGGGUACUCAAGCUUACGAAUUUCAAUUGGGAGUUAUAAAACAACAAAAAGAUAUCGACGAAUUCGUGAGCGAUUUGGAAAAUAUAACGGAAGCACGCGAAGAAAUGGAGAAUGAACUUCAAGAAAGCACCAAACUUUUUAACGAAGAAAAACAGCGAGAAUUCGAAGCUGAAAAGACAGAGAUCGAAUUAAGAAAGGAAGUCGAAUCGGUGCAUUUAUUAAUGAAUCAAAUGCAAGAAUGGGAAACUGACAUCGAAAGCGAAUUAAAAACGAAUCAAAGAAUUUUCGAUAAAACCAGAAAAGAUAAAUUGAAAUUUGCCGAAGAAAAACGCGAACUCGACGUUUUAGUUUAUAAAUUAACGACGGAAAUUUGGAAACUUGAAGCUGAAUUAGAAACUAUUUUGAUGCAACUUAGGGUUAAGGAGGCAGAACGUGAAACUUUGGCGCAAAAUUUAGCUAUGAGUAAUACUGAUAUUGAAGCGACGCAAGCUGAACAUCGAUGUUUAAUUCGAGGAUGGCACUCCGUUGUAAUUGCUAUUGGUGCUAGGGAUAAACAUUAUAAUCAAAUUUAUCAAGAGUUACAGACAGCAAAUGAAAAAUUAAGAAGUAUAAUAACCGAAACGGAACAAUUAAAAAAACUUUGCAAAACAGAAAUGAACAUAAACGAGUCAUUAACGAUGUUUAAAGCAAGAUUAGAAAGCGAUAUAAGCGCGUGUAGACACCAAGUUGACGUCGAAGAAUCAAAACGGCUCGCUUUGGAAAGAGCGGUAAUGCAAGUUCAAGCAAUAGUUGAUCAAACAGAACGAGAUUUACAAAAAGCAGCGAUAGAAAAUCACGUUUUAACCAAGCAAAUCAACGCAACAUUGCACGAUAUCCAAAAGUUUGAUGUGAAAAAGCACGAAAUUGAAGAAGCGAUAGUGACGGCGCUUCAAGAUCAAAUAACCAACGAUAAAGCAUCGAAAUACAUGGCGAAAACGUUGCGGGAAGUCCGAGAAAAAAAUCGGGUUUUAGAAAUAUCUUUAAGCACAACUGAAAAUAAAAACGCAAAAAUUCUUAUGGAUAUUGAGAGCCAAAAAAGGUUCAAUGCUGAACUUGAAAGUCAUUUAAAGGAGUUGUUGGUGCAACAAAACGAGGUUGAGAUGAAAUUGAAUUCCGUAAUCAGCCAAAGUGAAUAUUUGGUGAAUUUAACCGCGAAAAGAGAACGAGAUGUUCACGUUUUGAACCAAAAAUACGAGGCUUUAAUGGAAAGGGCUGGAAAUGUGGAAAGAAGUCCUCACGAAUUAAAAAUUAACGCUUUAGAACAACACAUUGCGGAAGUACAAGAAAAAAAUAAAGAGUUACAAAGAUUUUGGUUAAGAGAACAAAGCCACGUUGUAUUUUUAUCGGAACAACGCCAACAACAAAUUCACGACAGCAAUCUAUUAAGAAAACAAACAAUGAUUCUCGAGCAAAGAAAUUUAAAAGUGAACGAUGAAUUAGAUUUGUAUAAUAAACAAGAGGCGAAUAUGACGAGGUCGAUUAAAAAGUUACAAAAUCAAAUUUUAAAUUGCACCGAGCAAUUAGGGAAAAAGAAAAACAGCAAACAAUUUCUCGAUGAAGCGAAUGAAAUGUUUCAAAAUGAUUUUACUUGCCGAUUAAAAGAUUUUGAACUGUCAAUAAUAAAAUUAGAAUCGGACAUACAAGACUUACAAAACGAUAUUCAACAACUCAGCACCGACCUAAUCGAUAAAAAUCGCGAAGCUUUAGAAUGGGAGAAACAUUGGAAAAUGUUGGUUGAAACGAAAAAGAAUAUCAAUGACGCGAAAUCGGCGGGUGGGGAGGUUGGAAUGAUGAGAAGUGAAAUUCAUAGGAUGAGGGUUAGAUACGGUCAAUUAAAGAGGGCCCAAGAUAAACUAAUUCACGAUUUGGAUCAUUGCAUCUCAAGGAGGGAUGCGAUUGUAACGAACGCGGAAGCUCGAGAAAAAAAGAGCAAAACGGGACAAAGCGGGAUUAUUAUUGCGAGAAAAUUGGAUGAUGCCAAAAAUAAAUUGAAGCAAAUGCAAGAUGAUGUUGAAAAUUUGGAAGCUCAAAUAGAACGUGUUAGCGAAGAAAUUAAACAAGCUGAAGAGCAAAUCGCUGCGUUAGAAGCUGAAACUGAAAAUAUUGUACAAAAACAAGCAGAUUUAAAGGAACAAAUUGAAGAAGAAAAAACCGACAAACAAAUGAAAUUGGAUCUUCUCGCUUUGAAUCAGCGCAAAUUAAAAAUUUACGUUGAAUUAGCUAAAGGUAGAAAGCCUUUCUUAACUUAUAAAACUGAUUCGAAGAUAAUGGAGGAAUACACGAAGCAAAAAGAUAUUAAUACGCGAUUACAAGCGGUGGUUCAAGAGUUAUUGACUGAAAUUCCUGACCAUAAACACAUUUUUCAACGUAUAAUGAAUAAUUUAAAAUUAUCGACUAUUAUUUGAUUUUUUUUUGAAUAAAAGGAAAGUUGACAAAAAUUAUGGAAAGAAAAUGAAACGUGAUUUAGGUUGGGUUUGGUUUGAUUUGGAUUCGAUUUGGAUUGAUGGGUUUGUAUUAUUUAUUUCUUUUUUAUUAAAAAAAAAAUA